GAAUGGGCAAAGCAUUCAUCGUUCAUUCAUCGUGGAUCAGAUCGAAAAUUGAGUAAAUACAAUAAAAAAAUAAACCUCACGUGUGGAAAGUUAAUCUCCGCUUGCGCCCGGCUCACAUUCCGCCACCCCAGGCAGCGCUGGGUGGACGGCCGGCCCAUGUAGGGGCCCAAAUGUCUCUCUCAGGCCCUAAGCUGAUUAAAGACGUGUACGUGGAUCAGUUGUGUGCGCACGCAGAAGGAGGAGAGUUCUCCUGAGGCCUUUGAUGCGUGACGGCCGCCUGAGUAAGACUUACAGCUCUUUGCGGGACCCUUGACCAAGAUGGUGAGGCAGCAAUCUCGGUAGCUGGUUAGCGAGUGAAGCGAGACAUCUCAGGCUGCCUGCCGCCUUGCGAGUUGCUGCUUCUGCUUCUUUUGGCGGCGUUCAUGCUGCUGAGCGGACCAGCCGCAAUCAAGACCGAUCGAGCGGCCUGGGGUUUGGACGAGCCCGCCGUCAUGGCUUCUUCUUGCGAGACGCUAGCUGACUCUCACACAGUGUCGCCGGCGGCAGAGCGGCUUCGUCACAUCCUGGGGGAGGACGACGGCGGGCCCACGCCCACCAUCUUCACAGAGAUGGACACGCUGCAGCAGGAGGGUGGAGAACUGGAGUGGAAAGAGUCGGCCAGGUGGGUGAAGUUCGAGGAGAAGGUGGAAGAGGGCGGCGAGCGCUGGAGCAAACCUCACGUGUCCACGCUGACGCUGCACAGCCUCUUCGAGCUGCGCACGUGUCUGCAGACCGGGAGCAUCCUUCUAGACCUGGAGGCCUUCUCGCUCCCGCAGAUUGUCGACGAGAUGGUGGAGCGUCAGAUCGCCGACGGUCUGAUCUCGGAGGACGUGAAGGACAAGAUUGUCUUCGUCCUGCUGCGGAAACAUCGUCACCAGACCAAGAAGCCCAUCCAUCGUUCGCUGGCCGACAUCGGGAAGUCGUCGUCGUCGUCCGCCGCCGCCAACCGUAGUCCUCAGGCCAACCUGAGUCGUAGCACAAGCUCCGCCUCCGCCGUCCGUCGCUCCACCGAUGACCUGCCGAGACACGCCAGCAGCCUGGGACGCCUGCAUCAUGCGCAGAGUCGCAGCAUGAAUGACAUUUCGGAAACGCCCAGCUCUGACCAGAUGAAGAACAAGUUCAUGAAGAAAAUUCCCCGAGAUGCUGAGGCAUCCAACGUGCUGAUUGGUGAGGUGGAUUUUCUGGACAAACCCUUCGUCUCCUUCGUGCGUUUGGCUCAGGCCACGACGCUCGGUGGCCUAACCGAAGUUCCGGUGCCGACCAGGUUCCUGUUCAUCCUGCUGGGCCCUCACGGCAAGACCAAGUCCUACAAUGAGAUCGGUCGUGCCAUCGCCACACUGAUGGUGGACGACCUGUUUAGUGACGUAGCCUAUAAAGCGAGGGACCGCGAGGACCUGAUUGCAGGCGUGGAUGAAUUCCUGGACGAGGUCAUCGUCCUGCCUCCAGGAGAAUGGGACCCCAAAAUCCGCAUUGAACCCCCCAAGAAGGUUCCGUCGGCGGAGAUGAGGCAGGGGUUCCGUGUACCGCCUUAUGAUUCCAUCGCUGCCAAACACGGCCCCUCAACCCGGUCUUGUUCUGCGCGUUCCAGGAAGUCUGUGCUGAAUUUAAAUGAGCUGGCUCAGAUGAAUGGCUCGGCUGGGGGGCCGGUCGGCGGGGAAGACGAGCAACUUCCUGUCCAGCAUGAGAUCGGCGAAGAGCUUAAGUUUACUGGCCGGCUCGGCGGAGGUCUGUGGUUGGACGUGAAGAGGAAGAUCCCAUGGUACUGCAGCGACAUCUACGACGGUUUCCACAUCCAGACCAUCUCAGCCGUACUCUUCAUAUACUUGGGCUGCAUCACCAACGCCAUCACCUUUGGCGGCCUGCUGGGCGAUGCCACCGACAACUACCAGGGUGUGAUGGAGAGCUUCCUGGGGACGGCGUUGGCGGGAACCGUUUUUUGUUUGUUUGGCGGCCAGCCGCUCAUCAUCCUCAGCUCCACUGGACCCAUUCUCAUCUUUGAGAAACUCCUCUAUGAAUUCUGCAAGAGCAAUGGCGUGGACUACAUGGAGCUGCGCCUUUGGAUCGGGAUUCACUCGUGUCUGCAGUGCUUCGUCUUGGUGCUGUCGGACGCCAGCUACAUCAUCCAGUACAUGACCCGCUUCACAGAGGAAGGCUUCUCCAGCCUCAUCUCCUUCAUCUUCAUCUCCGACGCCAUCAAAAAGAUGGUGGGCGCCUUCAAGUAUUACCCCAUCAACCGCGCCUUCAAGCCUGACUACGUCACAUCUUACAAGUGCGACUGUGUCCCUCCAGACCAAGGUCGCCCCUGGAACAUUUCAGCUCCUUUGGCCGAUGACAACAUGUCACUUUUGUUUAACGUGAGCGAUCUGGACUGGACUCAGCUGAGCAAGAAGGAGUGCAUCAAGUACGGCGGUACCCUGGUGGGCAAAGCAUGCAAGUAUGUGCCCGACCUGGCCCUCAUGUCCUUCAUCCUUUUCUUCGGCACGUACUCCAUGACCGUCACACUCAAGAAGUUCAAGUUUAGCCGCUACUUCCCCACCAAGCUGCGUCAGCUGAUCAGCGACUUUUCUAUCAUCAUCUCCAUCCUUCUCUUCUGCGGAAUCGACGUCCUUCUGGGACUGGACACGCCCAAACUGCACGUUCCCAUGCACAUGAAGCCCACGCGCGCCGACCGUGGCUGGCUGGUGAUGCCGUUCGGUAAGAAUCCAUGGUGGUGGUACGUGGCCAGCUUUGUGCCGGCACUUCUGGUCACCAUCUUGAUCUUCAUGGACCAGCAGAUCAGCGCUGUCAUCGUCAACCGCAAGGAGAAUAAACUCAAGAAAGGUUGUGGGUACCACCUGGACCUGUUCUGGGUGGGCAUCCUGAUGGCAGUGUGCUCCUUCAUGGGUCUGCCGUGGUACGUGGCCGCCACCGUCAUCUCCAUUGCGCAUAUCGACUCGCUCAAGAUGGAGAGCGAGUCCAGUGCCCCUGGCGAGCAGCCCCAGUUUCUGGGGGUCCGCGAGCAGAGGCUGACCGGAACGCUCGUCUUCGUCCUUACGGGACUUUCUGUCUUCCUUGCGCCCGUCCUGCAGUACAUCCCCAUGCCGGUGCUGUACGGCGUCUUCCUGUACAUGGGCGUGGCUUCACUGAGCGGCAUCCAGUUCUGGGAGCGCAUCAAGUUAUACCUGAUGCCGCCUAAGCACCAGCCGGACUUUGCCUUCCUGCGUCAUGUUCCUCUGCGCCGAGUCCACCUUUUCACCUUGGUUCAGAUCACCUGCCUGGCUGUCCUUUGGGUCCUGAAGUCCACCUUCCUGGCUAUCAUCUUUCCCGUGAUGAUCCUGGGUCUGAUGGUGGUACGAAAGCUACUGGAUAUGAUGUUCUCCCAGCACGACCUGGCCUGGCUGGAUGACAUUCUGCCCGACAAAGACAAGAAGAAGAAUGAAGAUGACAAGAAGAAGAAGAAAAAGAAGAUGACGACGGCCGACACGGAGAGCGACGAGGAGUGUUGCUGACUUUCACGCUUCCUGCCUUUUCUUCUUCCACUUCUUCCUGUUCCUGCUCGCUGAGCACAACGCUAAUGCCUUCCGCCUGCACUUGUAUCACUAACAACAAAGAAGCACGUCCUUGAUGACUUCCCGCUUUUCAAGAAAAUUGUCUCAAAGAUGGAGUCACGUAACCCGAAAUUGGGCAGAGACCACUUUUGAAUGAUAAGCGGCAACAUGGGAUGAUGGGCAUUUUUGGUUUGACGGCAUGACUGUUUAUGUGUGCUGUGGGCGGAGCUUACCUGAACCCAGCAUGUUGACUCCUCCCUCUAUAUAUGACAAUACCUCCUCAGGUCCCCAUGGAGCAACACAACUUGGCCCACAAUUACUGUCCCGCCCCCACCUCGGCCUGAGGCAUCCUCAGGGUGGCGCGUGAUGUGCGGCGAUGAGGAUUGUUGUUAAAGGUACUGCAUGCUGACCCUUGACCUUCCCCAGACCGCCUUGAUGUUUCGUCCUGGCAUGGCGGUGGCGGCACGCUGGAACGGCGACGACAGCAAAAGUGCAAACCGGCGCUAUGAUGCCAACGUGCGCGUGCUAGCAUCACUUUGACUUAAAUGUAUUGCGCGUAGUCCCUCGCUAAGCUAGCUCCUUCGUCUCGUGUAUUCAUAAGAUAAAUAUUUGCAUCAUUUAUUCAAUCGUACCAAUCAUAAGUCACGUGUUUUUAUUUAUUCAUUUCAUUUUGCUAUUCAUUCAUAUUCAAUUAUUCAUAGGGCCUCGAGCUGUCUUUUGACAAUGUCAUGACUGAACAAAUCAUAUCUUUUAAUUAAUUCAUACGGCAUGUGUUCACCACUCAGGAAUUCAUUCGAUAAUUCAAAGUGGUUUUGUCAUUCAUUCUUGGAAUACGUCUUCAAUUCACGUCAUUCAUGUGCAAGUCAUCCACAUUUUCUAGACUCUAGACGUCAUUCGGCUUCGUGACAUCAUCAAGGAAGCUCGGUUUCUGUAAUGUUAUUUUGACAGCAUCCACAUUUCUAAACAAGUCACAUUUAUUUAUUUUGUCUCCUGCUCAAAAAAAAAAAAGGUACAGCACACCAGUCAUCAUCACAUGACACGAAUAUGACAUCAUUAUGAAUCUCAUGACGACAUGAGUACGGGAACGGAAUCAACUCCUUGCUCGGCAUAUUUACACAAUAAAACCUGCGUGAACGUUAUUUUUGCAUUCCUGUUAGCUUAGCAUCGAUUGCUUCAUCAGACUGACAGCUUAAUAGGAAGCAUUUUUAUUUGCACAAAUUGACGUGUGAA